GUUUGUGGGUGUGAGCAUGACGGUUUGCGUGACCUAAUGCGCGUCUGUUGAUGAUUGGACACUUGCUUGUAACAUUCGCCAUUGAAGGUGCCUUUCGUUUCGAGAAACUAGUGCUUUCAUCAAUAGAUCGAUAGCAGAGAAAAUAAGUUUAAGUGUUGGAGGAAACUGGGCGAAUGUGUUCAUAGCGUGGCAAGCAUCUAGAAGAAGUUAGAAGCCUACACAUAAUCUGUAUCCCUUUUGGCUUCCACUUUAUCAGGAUGGCCAUGGGGGAUGUAGACCCAUUUGGAACCAUAGAAAUAUUGGGAUGCCUGUCAGAAUACGACCUGGUCGAGGUGGAGCCGGUGGGCGGCCGGUACCAGCAGUUCUGCUCGGCGCGCGCCAACUCGCACUGCCUCGGCGACUCGGAGGCAGCGGCUGAGCUCGAGCCCGAGGACGACUCGGCCAGCGAGCUCGCGCUCGAGGACGACAUCGGCUUCCUGCGCACACUCGACCCCAAGGAAUGGAAGAAGCAGGACCACUACAAGGUGCUGGGACUGACCAAGCUGCGCUUCAAGGCCACCGAGGAGGACAUUAAGCGGGGCAUGUACGUGCUGAAACACCACCCGGACAAGCGGCGCGGCGCCGGAGAGGAGAUCCGCGAGGAGGACGACUACUUCACCUGCAUCACCCGCGCUUACGAGACGCUCGGCGCGCCCGCCAAACGGGCCAGCUUCGACUCUGUGGACCCGCUCUUCGACGACGAGAUACCCGACGGCAAAGUCAGCAAGGAAAAGUUCUUUAAGACGUUCCGGCCGGUGUUCGCGAGGAAUGCCCGCUGGUCCAGCAAGCAGCCGGUGCCUGACCUGGGCUCGCCCACCUCCUCCCGCGACCACGUCGAGUGCUUCUACAGCUUCUGGUACAACUUCGACUCGUGGCGCGAGUUCAGCUAUCUGGACGAGGAGGAAAAAGAGAAGGGCGAGAACCGGGACGAGCGGCGCUUCAUCGAGCGGCAGAAUAAGGCAGCGCGUAAAGACCGCAAGAAGGCGGAGACGGCGCGCUUGCGCCAGCUGGUGGACAGUGCCUAUGCCUGCGAUCCGCGUGUGCAGCAGUUCAAGGAGGCCGACCGUCAGAAGAAGGCCGCUCAGAAGCAGCGCAAACAGGAGGAGCGCCAGAAGCGGAUAGAGGAGGAGCAGCAGGCUUGA